GAUUUCAGCUAAACGAGUGAUUACAGUGGGAGUGUGUGGGGAGUAGUGUUAAGUAUUAACAAUACAGUAAGCACAUAACUCUCCCAUUAAUUUCUGUUCUCUCUCUUCCAAAUUUAGUAUUGGAAAUGGCAUUCCCACAGCUCAUUCCUACUUCGCCUUCUUCUUCGUCACUACCUCACAACCCCUACUUAAACCCCAUCAGGCUCUCCGCAUACCGCAGAUUCCCCUCCUCCACAUCGCAGAAUCUUAAUAUUCUCCGCCGCCGGCGCCGGAAGCUGAAUUCCGUUCUCCGGUGCUCUGCCUCGUCUUUCUCGGAGAAGCACCACACAAACUCCCCCAAGUCCGACGACUUGGUGGAGCUCCCUCUCUUCCCUCUCCCGCUGGUCCUCUUCCCCGGCGCCAUACUUCCGCUUCAGAUCUUCGAGUUUCGCUACCGCAUCAUGAUGCAUACUCUCCUCCACACCGAUCUCCGAUUCGGUGUCAUCUACACUGACUCCGUUUCUGGAACUGCCGACGUAGGCUGCGUCGGCGAAGUCAUUAAGCACGAGCGCCUCGUGGACGACCGGUUCUUCCUGAUCUGCAAAGGCCAGGAGCGGUUCCGCGUGAGCAACGUGGUGCGCACGAAGCCGUACCUGGUGGCGCAGGUGACGUGGCUGGAGGACAGGCCUUCAUCGUCUUCGAAGGAGGUGGAUGUGGAGGGUUUGGCGAACGAGGUGGAGACUUACAUGAAGGACGUUAUUCGGUUAUCGAAUCGGUUGGGAGGGAAGGCGGAGAAGGAGGUUGGGGAUUUGAGGAGGAACUUGUUUCCGACGCCUUUUUCGUUCUUUGUUGGGAGCACGUUCGAGGGCGCUCCGAGAGAGCAACAAGCGCUGCUUGAAUUGGAGGACACCGCCUCAAGAUUGAUGAGGGAGAAGGAAACCUUGAGGAAUACGCUUAAUUAUCUAACUGCUGCCUCUGCUGUCAAAGACGUCUUUCCUUCUUCUUCUUCUUCGUCCUCUUCUUCUUCUUCUUCCUGACGCAAUGCGAAGGUAUUGUUGUUUUCUUGUAACUUGAUCACAAUGGCAUUCGCAGAAACAUUGAGAACAAAGAAAGUUGUAAAUCCUUCUCGUGGGUAAUCUUAUGUGCUCAACAAUCCUCUUUCUUAAGCGCAUAAUUUUAAACACUGAGACUACUGUUGUAAUUUAAAACAAUAGUUAGUGACUUAGUGGUUAUACUAUUGUACGGAGUUGUAAGACGUUUUUGUAACUUGUUGUAUGUAUUUUGAUCAUCAAAAUCCGCCUCCUUAUUGUUCAUGGGAACUUAAGGGCCUGUUUGUUUUACUUUUGGAAUUCCGUUUGUACACUUUCCGAAGUUAGCUUUCAUAUACAACAGGCUGUAAUGAUUGAAUGCGGAAAUAAUUGGAUUCAGUUUGAGGGAUAGAUUCAUGAACCUUUGUGUAAAAAAAUGCUUGGUUUCCCUGUCUGAUUCGAACAAUUGUUUAACUAUGGGUUGAAUUAUCAUUGGGGCCAUCAGAUAGCAUACCAAUCAGGCUCUGGCUUUAUUUUAAUUGUUCUGGAUUAGUUUCGGGUGGCGUCUUCACCUGAUUUUAUUGGUUUCCAAUCUCUGUUAUUCGCUAGACCGGGAUUUAGAUGGUUUCUAUUGUUUUGGUUACUUACGUUUGGUGACAACUUGGGCAUUUUUAUACAAAAGCUUGUAUAAAGAAACAUAGAUAGUUGAUAGUUUCUGUCAAUUGCGGAAAUAUUAAAAGGGCACAAGAGCCUUUGAUAUUUUUCCUACCUUUUUCCGCAGAAAUUACACGCUGCUUUAUACGUUCUUUCAUUAUAUAAUUUGGUUGUUCAAUGAAACAUAAAAACUCACUUGUGCGUGUGGCAUUGUUCUGCCUGGUAAAAUAAUGCUAUUGAAGUUCUAAAAUCAUUCCGUGAAUUUCAUACAAAAUAUACAUGGUAUUAGUAAAAUAAUCUUGAUGAGUGAAAAAGUGGAAGGGAUACAUUUUGGAAAGAAGUUCCCUUCAAAACUCGGUAAUUAGAUGUGUGACAUCAACAUUAUUG